CAAGGGUUUUAACAGAAGGAACAGAAACAGGGGUUCUUUUCAAAACCCUAGCAAUUCGAUUCCCAAAUUCUUAUCAUGGCUUUCUGGGGAAUCGAAGUGAAACCUGGAAAGCCGUAUACGCAUUCAUCCAAAGAGGGUAGAGGACGACUGCGAAUAUCUCAGGCGACAUUGGCUACUGGAUCUGCAACAAAAAAGAGUCUGGUCCAAUGCAAUGUAGGAGAUAAAAGUCCUGUUCUUUUAUGUGCACUCCUUCCUGAUAAGACUGAGUCAUUGCAAUUGGAUUUGGAAUUUGAUGAGGCUGAAGAUGUAAUCUUUUCUGUUAUUGGUCCACGAGGCGUAUAUCUCACUGGAUACUAUGUUGGCCACAGCCGACAAUCAAUUGUGCAAGAUGAUUCAGAAUCAUAUGGAGAGGACAUUGCAAAUUCUGAGACACAGGAAUCUGAUCAUUAUAGUGAUGAGGAUGAAUAUGAGGACAGUUUUAUCAAUGAUGAUGAACCUGAAGCUCUUACACCUUCUCCUAUCUCAAGUGACAGAGAUGAUGAUGAUGAUGAUGAUGAUGAUGGAGAGCAUAUGGAGAAGAAGAAAAGAGAUGUGAAUGGCGGGCGUAGAAGACUCAAAAAGAAGUGUCAGUUUUUUGAAUCUGAUGAUGAAAUGGUGUUCGUUGAGAUUGAUGAUAAAAACGCUUCUCCAGUUGCAUCCAUACGAAAUAUCAAUAAAUCAGAAGAUUCAGGAAAGAAAAUCAAGAAAGAAACAACAAGUGAGUUGGACAAAGAGACAAAAAACAAUGAUGAUGAGUAUGUGGAUUCUCAGGUUCUUGAUUCAAAGGAUGAUGUUAAUGUACACUUAGUAAAUGGCAAACCAGAAGGGAAAGAGGCUGAAGUGGUGCCUGAAAGUAAAUCAAAACCUAAAAAGAAUAAACGAGGGUCCUCUAAAGUGAAGAAGGAUACUGUUCCUCCUUGUGUUGAUGAGAGCAAUGGUCUUAAAGUGGAAAAAAUCAAGCAGAAUGAGGAAAAUCCCAACAAUGUUGAUGACAAACCUGUCGUUGAGGUUGUUGCUAAUGAGGAAGCUCCUGUAAAUGAAGUGAAAACAAAGAAGAAAAAGAGCAAGAAGGGGAAUGCUGUUAAAGAUGAUGAUGAUGUGUUUGUUGCUAAAGAUGAUGAGAAGGCUAAUAAUAUUGGUGUUGGGGAAGUUAUGGCUGAAGACAGUGUGAAACCAAAGAAAAAGAGAAAAGCACGUGGCAAUUCAAUUGAGAUGUUGGCUGCAGAAAAUAAACAGGAGGAUGAUCUACAGCCAAUAGACAAGAACUCUGGAAUUGAUUCUAAGCAGUUAGAUAACGGAAACCAGUCAGAGGAGAAGAAAGUUAAAAAGAAAAGGCGAAAAACAACUGAGGUUGAGGAAAACACAAAUAUGGAGGUUGAAAAAGAAAAUAACAAAAAGACACUGUCUAAUGGACUUGUUAUUGAAGAGCUUGUGACAAGCAACAAGCCUAAAGGAAAAGUAGCUGCUCCUGGGAAAAAGGUGAAGGUAGAAUAUGUGGUGAAGUUAAAGGAGAAUGGACAAGUUAUUGAUUCAAAUGGGGAAUCCUCUUAUAAAUUUCGACUGGGUGAUAAACAAGUUAUAGAGGGGCUCAAUGUUGGUGUAGAUGGUAUGAGAGUUGGUGAUAAAAGGAGACUUACCAUUCCACCAUCAAUGAGGUUGGGGUAUAUAGGAACGGGUGAGAAUGUGCCUCCAAAUUCAUGGCUGGUAUAUGAUGUCGAAUUGUGUAGUGUCCACUGAUACCUUACAUUACAUCACGCCAUUCUUGUUGAAUUUUCCAAUACACAGAGGGUUUUGUUCUUGUUAGGGUUAUCGGUCUCUUAUUGUAAGAAUAUAAAGUGUUGAGAAACAUUACAUUUUUGUAUUUGCACCGAUGGGCGAUAUUUUGUUACUGAAAUGCCCAAUUUUUGCCCAUAUUUUUAAAUUUUAAUUACAAGC